GUUAAAUAGGUCGGCUUAAACUACUCGACUCAGUCUUCAUUCAGUCUUCUAGAACACAAGUUGAUUUAAGAUCUAGUUCCGAUGGAAUUAAUUAUUGUAUUGAUAUUAAUUAUUUCAAUUACUUUGAUUUUUUUGGUGCGAUGGCGGUACAAUUAUUGGAAGAACUUGGGUGUUCCAUAUGUAGCACCGACCUUCCCAUUCGGGAAUAUCAAAGGAAUGGGCAAGGAAUAUUCACAAUUUGAGCUACUUAGAGCAGUUUAUCAAAAUUUUAAGAGCAAUUCAUCACCAAUUGUCGGACUUUAUUACUACUUAUCUCCAGUCAUAAUAGCCAAAGACAUGGAGCUUGUCAAGAACAUUUUCACACGUGAUGCAGAUCAUUUUAUCAACCGUGGUGCCUAUUAUAAUGAAAAAGACAAUCCAAUAUCAGCUCACAUCUUUAACCUUGACAAUCCAAAGUGGAAAACAUUGAGAACAAAAUUAACGCCGACAUUUACGAGCGGGAAGAUAAAGAUGAUGUUCUAUACAGUUUAUGACGUUGCUGAGAGAUUUGUGAAGAAACUAAGGAACGAAGUUGAAGUUGCGGUUGACGGUGAAAUUGAAAUUAAGGAAUUUGCUGGACGAUUUACGACUGAUGUUAUUGGUUCCGUCGGUUUUGGUCUAGAAAUCAACUCACUCGACAAUCCAACAACAGAAUUCCGAGUACAUGGCAUUAAUGCAUUCGAGAAGCCCAACAAUUCAACUCUCGUCAACAUAUUCUCUGUGGCAUUCAAAGAUCUUGCAAGGAAGCUGCAUGUCAUACAAGUUCGUAAAGAUAUCGAAGAGUUCUUCCAAGGAAUCGUUCACCAAACUGUCAAGCAUCGAGAAGACAAUGGAAUAUCAAGGAAUGACUUCAUGCAGUUGAUGAUUCAGCUUAAAAACCAUGGAAAAAUUGAUGGAGAAUCGUUGAGUGUUGGGAAGUUGACAAUGGAUGAAAUCACAGCUCAGUGCUUCAUCUUCUUCGUAGCUGGCUAUGAGACUAGCUCUACUGCUAUGUCUUAUCUACUCUACGAAUUCGCCCAAAACCCACAAGUGCAGGAAAAAGCGCGCAAAAAUGUCCAACAAGUGCUUGCAAAAUACAACAACGAGUUGACAUAUGAAGGAAUUAAGGAAAUGGAUUAUUUACUUAUGUGUGUUAAUGAAUCACUUCGGAAGUAUCCACCAGUCCACACCCUACUCAGGUACUGCAAUAAGGACUAUAAGAUUGAAGGCACAAAUUGCACAGUCAAGAAAGGUCAACUUGUCAUCAUUCCCGCUUAUGCAAUUCAGCACGACCCGGACAUUUAUCCAAAUCCUGAAGUUUAUGAUCCGGACAGGUUCUUGCCAGAGGAAGUGGCGAAAAGACCGACUUGUUCAUUUAUGCCAUUUGGACAUGGCCCGAGGAACUGCAUUGGACUGAGGUGAGUUAAGAUUCGGAGUCGUACAAGCUCAAAUUGGACUAGCGAUGCUAUUGAAAAAUUUCAAGUUUGAGACCUGCUCGAAGACAGUCAAUCCGAUUGAGUUCAAGAAGUUUUCGACUAUCAUGUUGUCACCAAUUGGAGGAAUUAACUUGAAGGUGUCCAAAAUUUAGAAAUGUGAAAUAAAAAUAAAUUUAUCAAACCAA